AUGGAGGCCCAUUUGGUUGCUACCAUUGUCUUUAAGGAAGUGUUUACAAGGUAUGGUGCUCCGCGAGUACUUGUUUCAGAUAGGGGACGCAAUUUUAUGUCUAAAUUAGUGAGUGCAUUGUGUGAGAUGUUCGACAUAAUCAGACAUCACACCAGUGCAUAUCAUCCUCAGACAAAUGCGACCUGUGAGCGCUUAAAUUCGACUCUGGAACAAAUACCUCGGGCCUAUGUUAAUGAACACCAGCAAAAUUGGCCUUCCAUCUUGUCAGCAGCAAUGAUGGCCAUUCGUAUGUCACCAGCAACACAGUCAACAGGAUUUUCACCAUUUUUCAUGCUUUUCGGUAAGGAAAUGAAUUUACCUGUAGAUACGUCCCUUAUUCCUAAAACAAGUAUGGGAAUGGAUGCUCAGUGUUUCUUUGAACAACUGCUUCAGAGCUUAACAGUUGCCAAAGAGAUAGCUGGAUCCAAUAUGAAAAUUGCCCAGGAAAAGUCAAAGAAACGGCAUGAUAUUAAAGCCAAGGAACCAACUUUUAUCGUAGGAGAUUGGGUCCUUCUGAAAAACAUGAGAACAAAAAAAGGAAUUUCACUAAAGCUCAUGCAUAAGCAUAUUGGUCCAUACUAUAUCAGUGGACUCGGACCAAAUUUCACAUAUCGCUUGAUUGAUUGCAAAACUCAGAUUCCUCUGAAAGACUUGAUCAAUGCAUCACGCAUCAAAAAGUAUGUGAAGCCUGAACCUGUCCGACUGGAAAACUGA